AAGACGGUCUUAUCCGAACUUUCAAGGGACUCUUAUCUCGAGAAUCAUAAAAAUGCCUUUCUACUCGGAACCCAAUUCGCCUUGCUCCUACGACAAAGGUAUCCUGGAUAUAGUGUCGAGGAAUUUUUUGCUCCGAAGACUGUAAUCCUUAUCAAUAAGGCUCAGGGUUCAUACACGGACUAUUGCUUCUGGAACACGAUCAUCAAAGAGCGAAGGUCUGGUCAAGGCAAAGACAUAAAAGAUUUGUCUUUUUUGUUCCUACGGAAGCCCUACAACAGGCCUGGAGGUAGACCGCGUGUGGUUUACUCCAGUUACCUUUGGUCCCGCGCAACGUAU